CGCCACAGCUCUUCCAACCCUCAGACUGACUCUCUCGAUCUUCCCUCUUUCGAUUUCCAGCCACGACAACCAGUGAUUUAAACCGUCUUUUUCGUUGCGCGGUGAAAGGUUGCGUUUAUCCGCACUUUUCCCAGCGAUGAAACUGGGAUUAAAAAUAUAGAGCAGUUAACGCGUAGAAAACAAGACUGAAAACCAAACAAAACUUUGAUCUGUUGCGUUUGCGUUCCGUAACCAAAGCGGAACAUACCUCAAUCCCUCUUGUGAUUAUUUCCUCUUCUCUCUGGACGAGAAUAGGCUGUUGGAUUGCGCCCGAGCAGACGGGCUUCUUACUUCUGAGAGGCGUGAUAUAAGAAGUUUAUAACUUUACAUGUUUUUAGCCUAAACGCGGAGGUCACAUUUUACAAGUAGGAAAAGUGUCUAAUUCCAUCCUGCUGGUUGACUGGCACCAAUUCUAAAUUUAGUUUCCAGAUGCAGAGUAAACAACCACGGUUUGCAAGCAAAGAAAGACAUUGCCUAUCCGUGCAAGCGUUUACUUAGAGACCCUUUUCGUCUGUCUUCAUUGGGAGUUUUUCAGGAGAAGGCUUGUUUUUGAGGAGCAGGGCUUGUUUCUCGAUGCAGUGAAUGAGGAGAAACGUCCCAUGUGCGGCUUUCACUCUUUCUGACAAACCUUCAGCCCCAAGUUUUUCUGUGGUGCGUCUCGAGUCUACACUGCAUCCCUUUAAUGCCUUGCAGCAACGGUAACAUGUCCGACUUGGAUCAUUCCCUUCAGAAACACUUCCUCUGAUGCUCGUUCGCUUUCAAGACAGUUCUGAUCACAUCGCAGCAAACACACAGAAAGACCUGUUGAACUUGGAAACACUGUAACACCUAUCUGAAGCAUUCCUGUAUCACCCAGUCUUACGUUUACAAGUGGAUCAUCGGAAGUCUCACGUCCCGAGGCUUGACUGAAACUCGAGGAGUCAAAAUGGCAAACAACACUGCAGACCACCCGCCGGGGAACUCGGUCGCCGAGGUUGACCACGAAGUGGACUUUGGCUGCACGACAAUGCAGCUCCGUGAGCUGAUGGAGCUCCGCAGUGGCGAAGCAGUCAACAAGAUUGCAGAAUGCUACGGAGAUGUGCAAGGGAUCUGCCGCAGGCUCAAUACCUCACCUAUCGAGGGACUCUCUGGUAACCCUGCUGAUUUGGAAAAGCGUCACGCAGCGUUCGGUAAAAACUUCAUCCCCCCCAAGAAGCCCAAGACCUUUCUGCAAUUGGUAUGGGAGGCCCUGCAGGAUGUCACCCUCAUUAUUCUGGAGGUGGCAGCCAUUAUUUCUCUCGGCCUGUCCUUCUACCACCCACAGGGGGAAGGCAACGACAGCUGUGGCCAAGCAUCUGGGGGUGUUGAGGAUGAGGGCGAGGCCCAGGCAGGCUGGAUCGAAGGUGCUGCCAUCUUGUUCUCAGUCAUUAUCGUGGUGCUGGUGACCGCCUUCAAUGAUUGGAGUAAAGAAAAGCAGUUCCGUGGGCUGCAGAGCCGCAUCGAGCAGGAACAGAAGUUCACCGUCAUCCGCAAGGGUCAGGUUAUCCAGAUCCCAGUGGCUGAAAUCGUUGUGGGAGAUAUUGCACAAAUCAAAUACGGUGACCUUCUCCCAGCUGAUGGUAUCUUGAUCCAGGGUAACGACCUGAAGAUUGAUGAAAGCUCUCUGACUGGGGAGUCUGAUCAGGUCCGCAAAUCUCUGGAGAAGGACCCCAUGCUCCUUUCUGGAACUCAUGUGAUGGAGGGAUCUGGCCGAAUGGUGGUCUCUGCUGUUGGUUUGAAUUCUCAAACUGGAAUCAUUUUCACCCUCUUGGGCGCCGGCGGUGAGGAUGAGGAGAAGAAGGUGAAGAAAGGUAAAAAACAAGGACCCCCUGAAAAUCGCAACAAAGCUAAGACCCAGGAUGGCAUUGCUCUGGAGAUCCAACCGCUGAAGAGCGAGGAAGGUGUGGAGUCAGAGGAGAAGGAGGAGAAAGAAGAAAAAGAGAAAAAGAAGGUCAACGUCACCAAGAAAGAAAAGUCUGUUCUUCAGAGCAAGCUGACCAGGCUAGCUGUUCAGAUUGGAAAAGCAGGUCUCAUCAUGUCUGCGAUGACCGUCAUCAUCCUCAUCCUGUACUUUGUCAUUCAAACGUUUGGUAUCGAGGGCCGUGAGUGGACCGCAGAGUGCACUCCAAUCUACAUUCAAUACUUUGUGAAGUUUUUAAUUAUUGGUGUGACCGUGCUUGUGGUAGCCGUGCCUGAGGGGCUGCCUCUAGCUGUCACUAUCUCUCUGGCUUAUUCCGUCAAGAAAAUGAUGAAAGACAACAACCUAGUAAGGCACCUGGAUGCCUGUGAGACCAUGGGUAAUGCCACAGCCAUCUGCUCUGACAAAACUGGAACGCUGACUAUGAAUCGCAUGACGGUGGUGCAGGCUUACAUAGGUGACACACACUAUAAAAGCAUUCCUGAACCAGAGGCCAUUAAUCCAGAGACUCUGGAGCUACUGGUGAACAGCAUCUCCAUAAACUCAGCCUACACUACCAAGAUCCUGCCUUCAGAGAAGGAGGGAGGUCUGCCAAGGCCUGUGGGUAAUAAGACAGAAUGUGCCCUUCUUGGUCUGGUGUUGGACCUGAAGAGAGACUAUCAGCCUAUUAGAGAUGAAGUUCCUGAGGAAAAUCUUUAUAAGGUUUACACGUUCAACUCCGCCCGAAAGAGCAUGAGUACCGUACUAAAGAACACCAGUGGUCCCGGCUUCCGAAUGUACAGCAAGGGCGCCUCUGAGAUUGUCCUGCGCAAGUGUUCAUAUAUCCUUGAUGCUUCAGGCCAGUCACGUGUCUUCAAGGCCAAAGAUCGGGAUGAGAUGGUGCGGAAAGUGAUCGAGCCAAUGGCCUGUGACGGGUUAAGGACCAUUUGCGUAGCCAUGAGGGACUUCACAACAGAGCCAGACUGGGACAACGAGGCUGACAUUCUGAAUGACCUGACCUGCAUCUGUGUUGUGGGCAUUGAAGACCCUGUUCGUCCUGAGGUUCCUGAUGCUAUUUCUAAAUGUCAGCGAGCAGGCAUCACUGUCCGUAUGGUCACUGGAGACAACAUCAACACAGCCCGUGCCAUUGCCACCAAAUGUGGAAUCCUGCUGCCUGGAGAGGAUUUUAUCUGCCUGGAGGGCAAAGACUUCAACCAGCAGAUUCGCAAUGACAAGGGAGAGGUUGAACAAGAGCGUCUGGACAAGGUCUGGCCCAAAUUGCGUGUUCUGGCUCGUUCCUCCCCAACAGACAAACACACUCUGGUUAAAGGCAUCAUUGAUAGCACCGUUGGAGAGACUAGACAGGUGGUGGCUGUGACUGGAGAUGGCACUAAUGAUGGGCCUGCCCUUAAAAAAGCAGAUGUUGGCUUUGCUAUGGGUAUUGCAGGUACAGAUGUUGCAAAGGAGGCCUCUGACAUCAUUCUAACUGAUGACAACUUCACCAGUAUUGUCAAAGCUGUGAUGUGGGGGCGUAAUGUCUACGACAGUAUCUCCAAGUUUCUGCAGUUUCAGUUGACUGUCAAUGUAGUGGCUGUGAUUGUUGCUUUCACUGGAGCAUGCAUCACACAGGACUCUCCACUUAAAGCUGUUCAGAUGUUGUGGGUAAAUCUGAUUAUGGACACACUGGCAUCUUUGGCUCUGGCAACAGAACCCCCAACAGAAGCGCUCCUGCUGAGGAGACCUUAUGGACGAGACAAGCCACUCAUUUCCAGGACUAUGAUGAAGAACAUCUUGGGUCAUGCGGUUUACCAACUUAUUAUCACAUUUACUCUUCUCUUUGCUGGUGAGAAGUUGUUCAAAAUUGAUAGUGGCCGCAAUGCUCCUCUGCACUCCCUGCCAUCUGAACACUACACCAUAAUCUUCAACGUCUUCGUAAUGAUGCAGCUUUUCAAUGAGAUUAAUGCCCGCAAGAUCCACGGAGAAAGGAACGUGUUUGAGGGAAUUUACAGGAACCCCAUUUUCUGCAGCGUUGUUCUGGGAACCUUUGCUCUGCAGAUAGUCAUAGUGCAGUUUGGAGGGAAGCCGUUCUCUUGCACGGCCCUCACUAUCGAUCAGUGGCUCUGGUGUAUCUUCAUAGGAGUUGGUGAGCUGCUCUGGGGCCAGUUCAUCUCUGCCAUCCCCACACACCACCUCAAGUUCCUGAAAGAGGCUGGCCAUGGCAUCCCCAAAGAGGACAUUGCCCAGGAGCAGCUAACCGAAGGUGCGGAUGCAAUUGACCUUGCUGAGAUGGAGAUGCGCAGGGGACAGAUCCUAUGGUUCAGAGGUCUCAACCGCAUCCAGACUCAGAUUAAGGUGGUGAACGCAUUCCGUAGCUCCCUAUACGAGGGCCUAGAGAAGCCAGGAUCAAGAAGCUCCAUCCAUAACUUCAUGUCCCAACCUGGGUUUGUACCCCUCUCCGAAGAAGAAGCCCACAUCUCCACGAUAGAUGAGGGCUGUGUAGAGAUUGAUCAGCUCCCCUCCUCUUCCAGAAAAGGAGGUGGCGGUGAACCCCCGGGCCACUCUCUUCACAGCCAUGAAUUCUCUGUGUGAACAUCCCAUCGAGCCUCCUGCCCCGAAAUCAUCUUUUUAUUUUUAUUUUGUUUGUUCUGUUUUUAAAACCUGUGCACCACUCCUCCGGUGGAGCCCUGCUGAUGCACAUCUGAGAGACAGCAGCACCUAAAGCGGCCGAUGGGGCAACCACAAUCCCUUUCUCCUCUCCUCCUUCCUCCCCCCUCCCCACCCCUCUGCCCCUCAUGACUUGCACUGUGUCGGCAGCAGCAGCAGUGCUCUGUAAGUACAUGCGGCUGUGCUGCAGCCCAUGUGACGCAUGGCCUAACUUACACACUAGAGGGUGACUCUGCGGCAAACGCCCUCUUUCAGCCUGUCACUGGCAUUUUUCUCUCUUCUACAGUUCUCUCAUUUUUAUAUUGUCACAUCUCUGGUCUUGUGUAAUGCUGUAAUCAUUUUUGUUAUUUGUCCCAGGACUCUCAGUUACAUAGUUCUUUUGAUUUUUCUCUUUAAUUUUUUUUUGAUGAUACAGCCAAUUAUAAUCAUGCACUCAGUUGCUAUUUGAAUACAUUUCUAUCUCUUUCUUCUCUCUCUUAAUUUGCUCUGUUUUAAGGUGGUUUGAUAUUAUGCUCUAAUGGACAUUUUAAGUAGUUCAGACACUACAUUCAUGUUAUGUGUGCAGACUUUGUUAAUACGAUGCUUGUAGGCUCAUUUUGAGUGUUCUGUCACUUUAUACGUACAGAUGUAAGGCUGUUAUAGUAAACAUUAGCAGAAUAAAAGCCUAUAAUAAACUUA